AUGGCUGUCCCAGAAAAGAAAGCAUCAAAACAAUUUUCAUUAUCAACAACAUUCAUUGCAUCAGAUGAGGUUUCUCAAAUUUAUUGCCAGCCUUGUGACGAGGAUGGAACUAGACUCCCUGUCCAUGGUUACUGUACUGACUGCAAGGAACACCUUUGCAAGACAUGCUUUAAAGCCCAUAAGAUAACCAAGUUUACCAAAAAGCAUACACUUCUGAAUGCAACAAGUAUGCCUAAAGUUUUGCAGCAACCCUCAACAUCCAUUUACACAGGCCUGUCAGAUGAUUUGACCUUACCGUGUCUUAAACAUCCAAAAGAAAUGAUCAAGUUCUACUGCAAUGAUCAUACAGAAUUUCUCUGUAGUGUUUGUGUAACCCUUGAACAUCAAGCUACUUCCUGCAAUGUCAACUAUAUACCAGACAUUUCUGGUGAUAUAAUAGACAGCAAAGAAUAUCAAGUUAUCUUGAAUGCAGUCAAUACCACUUCUGACAAAUUUCAACAGAUAUUAAAAGAUGUCAAAAACAUGACAUUAAAGUCAAACAGCUCUCUCAAAGAUGCAUUAGUUGACAUUAAAAAGUUCCGCCAAGAAAUCAACCAAAGACUUGAUGUACUUGAGAGACAGGCUGAAGAUGCAGCUAAAGCCAUAGAACAAGAAAACAACAAACAUCUGAAAGCAGUAGAAAUCACAUGUGAAGAAGUUACCAAAUCUCUGAAGAUAUCAUCAGAUAAUAUCAAACUACUCAACACAACAAAACAAGCUGACAAACUCUUCAUUGAUUUAAAACUUGCAGAGAAAACAAACAAAAAUAUCGGGAAAAAUUUCUAA